CCUCUGCCGGCCGCUGCCGCUGCCGCCGCCCGCACCGGCCCCUCUGCCGGCUGCUGCCGCCGCCCCUGCGCAUCCGCCGGGCUACGCGGCCGGAGGAAAUAAAAUGAACGAGGUGAAGGAAGCUCUAAGAAACGUCGAGCAGAAGUACAAACUCUUCCUGCAGCAGCAGUUCACGUUCAUUGGAGCCCUGCAACACACCCGAGAGGCUGCACAUGACACGAUCAGACCUGUGGCAAGCAUCAGCCAGGUACAGACCUACAUGGACCAUCACUGCCACAGCUCCACAGACAGGCGCAUCCUCACCUUGUUCCUAAGCAUCUGCAGCGACCUGAGCAACCUCUGCCACAAGCUGGAGACUCUCUGCUCUGGUACCACCACCGGGGACGCCCUGGAGAGGUGCAAGCUGCUCCUCAGCCACAGCAACGACCUGAGCACCAUCCGGGCCAAAUACCCCCACGAUGUUGUGAACCACCUGAGCUGUAAUGAAGCAAGGAAUCACUAUGGAGGUGUGGUGAGCCUCAUCCCCAUCGUGCUGGACUACAUGAAGGAGUGGGUAGCCCACGCUGAGAAGCUGCCACAGCACAGGCUGAAUAAUGUGAGUGGUGGAAGUGCUGCCUCUGGGCAAAGGGCAGCCCAGGAGGCACCAGCUAGGGCAGCCAUUUCCCAGACACCAGCUUCUCCACACCUUGAAGCUCAGACCUCAUCUAGUAACAAAGCUAAUGCCCAGGGGCAGGAGGGUAAGCAUGGCCAGAAGAAGCAGCUACAUAACACAGACCAUCACAGUGGGAAAUGCAAAGGGCCCUGGAAGCCACCAGGCAGAAAUGCCUUUUAAAGCACCCAAGCUCUCCUGCUUGCCACCUUUCCUCAGGUGGCUGAUUGAAGACAGUGAAAUGAAUAGCAGAGACCUUUCCUGUCCAAGUCUACCUUCUGAAGAGUUAGCUCUGUAAGCCAGCCUUGGCAGAUCCAAACUCUUUCUUGCUGAUGGAACUCUCCUACCAGCCCAGGUAGCUGUAGCACUGCAGCUGGUCCCUUCCACCAUGCAACAGUCAGGAGCAACUGGGGCAAGACACCUGAAAUGAGGGUUUUACACCUCAGAGUCCCUUCUGAGGAGCACUCACUCAGAGCUGGAGGUGUGAGGCACCUGCAUGUCUGCAGGAUGCUUCUCAUUAUGGAUUCAGACAUCUGCUUGAGAUUUAGACUUGUCCCUAAAGCUCCCUCACCCCCUGGUUAUUUGGACCAUGAAGUCAAAGCCUGCAGGACACUGAUGAUGUCCUCCUCACUUUCCAGGGGCUGCAGAAAAGCUCAGCAUGCUUUAGCUGCACCAGCUGUGCUCUGCUGCAGCCUUCUUGCAGGUUCUCCCACCACGACCAGUACCCAUGUCCCAGAACACCUCCCCUCACACCUCUCUGAUACUUUUGCUGUCAGAGCUGGAGAUGGAAAGGAGAACAAACGUCACUUUGUACUGAGUUUGGGUUACUGACAACAUCCAGACUUGAACAAACCACCUCUGCCUGCCCCAGAGCUCUGCAAAGCUCACAAAGGCAUCUCCAGCAGAUGUCCUUGGUGGGAUGGCUGUGGCCAUUUGCAGCUAAUUCCCUUCCAGACUGCAGGUUAAAAUGCCUGUGCUCUCCUUUCUUGCAGCUGGCAAUCUGCCUUGCUGGCCUGCAGGGAUCUUGGUUAAAAGCACAGGGCAUGGGAAAGGGUCUCACACUGCUUUGGGAGCAGCACCUCCCAGUUCCAGCAGUGACUUCUCCACCAGUGCUGGGAGCAGCUUUCUCCCCAGCCUGCCCAGGGUGGGUCAAGCAGAGCCCUUGGAGCUGACAGACAUUUUCUGGUGGUGCUUUUAUCCAAGCACUGUUAACUGCAGCCUUAAGACCUCGAUAAUGUGCUCCCUUCCCUCUCUCUGACUGCUCUUUUCCCCUCCCACAGGCAAAUUAGCUCCUGUUCUUUGCUUCCUGCUGGAAGGCACUCCUGAAAUAAACCAUUUCCCCUUCCA